AAUUUAAAAAAUUCAACUUUAUUAUUUAUUUAUUAUUAAUGCUUCAUAAAGAAUUAGUAAAUAUAAGAUAUGAAAGUAAAAUAAUAUAUUUUUCUUAAAAAAAAGUAAAAUGAUAUUUACACAAAUGUGACCUCACUAUAAUCCAAACCCACCCAAAGUAACAAGCAAGAUCACCACGUCCACCACUGUGGCUGUACGAAUGUUUUGAAAAGAAAAAAGUUUUUCUUAUAAAAAAAAAAAUAACAGAAAAGGCAAAAAAAAAAAAAAGUCAUCCAUCUUCUGUAUCAAAUUAUCAAUUUCUUACGAAAACCUAACCACGUCCGUCCUCCACAUAGUGUAUUAGUCAGAAGGGAACAAAAAUCUCUGGUAAAAAUCUUUCAAAAUAACUUGAGGUUUUCUUGUUUGACUGGCUCAUGGGAGAUAAAGCAAAAGAGACAUCUAAUGGGAAUGUUGGUCGGUUAAGCUGGACCAUCAGUAACUUUUCCAAGCUUGAUAUUAAGAAGCUCUAUUCAGAUAUUUUCUAUGCAGGAGGAUACAAAUGGAGAAUAGCAAUUUUUCCAAAAGGGAACGAAGUGGAUCAUUUGUCCAUUUAUCUAGACUUUGCUGAUUCGAAAACUCCCGGUUGGACUGUAAAUGUCCCCUUUUUUAGCAUGUCGAUUAUCAAUCAAAAUCCUAUAUUAACAGUUACAAAAGAAUCACAACAUGUUUUCAACGCCACCGAGCAAGAUUGGGGUUUCACUUCAUUCAUUCCUCUUAGUAAAUUAAAUGAUCCCAGCGAAGGUUUUCUUGUGAGAGACGUUUGCACUAUCAAAGCAGAGGUAAAGUUGAAUAUUGAAGAAGACGACAAAGACAAACAUGAACUGUCUGAUCAGAAUUCUGCAUUUGUAAAAGCAGAUACAAGUACAUCCCUUUCUUUUUCUGAAUAUGAUGCAUUGUUUAUCGGCAUUCAAAAACAACUCGAAGGAGAGAGUUUUAAGUCAGACAACAUUACAAGCAGUGGCUGCCCUCCUUCCUGGACCGUAGAAGAGAUUGCCUAUGCAAAAAAAAUCUUAAAACAAUGCUUGGAUAUUGAUCUUGAUAAUGUCAUCCAAUUGGGUAGAGAUUUCGAGCUCAAGAAAUCACUUUCAAUCCUACUAAGUAGCAAUGCCUUUCCGGAGAAGAUGAGAUAACCAAGUAUGUGGCUAACUUUGUCCAAAGUUGUGAGCAAUAUGAAGUUGCCAAACAAGACCUAAGGGAGGUCCAAGAGAACGAAAAAUCAAUAGAAAAUCUUAAAACUGAUAUGAAGAAUAUAUCUUCUGAAUACUUUCCAUUAAGAAAUCAAGCUGAAGUUGUUGAUAAUGAAAUAGCCGAGCUCGAAAUACAGUUGUCCGAAAGGAAGAUGAAGAAGAAACGACUUAGUAAGAUGCUUGAAGUUUUAGCUGGUCGGGCAACCACUUCUAAACAAGCACUGGUCAGUGCUGAACAGGAUCAUGAGAAGCUUUCCGUGCUAAAGAAAGUAGAGGCAGAGAAGGUGAUUGGUGACAUGAAAAGGUCAUGGGAGUCUCUAAAGCUUGGCUAUUCUAAUAUGCUUGUGUAAGUUUUUAGAUGAUGUUGUUAAGUCUUUUGAAGUAGUUUACUAGUUUUUCUUCUUUAGCAUCUGCGCAUUCACACUUUUGGAGACUAGACUGUGGUUGUACGGAAGGUUCCCAAGUGGAUAAACACUUUCUUUUCAAUGCUUGUGUACUGUACAGUGCAUUCCGAAGCAUUACUUGGUUUGUGUAAUGGACAACUUCUUAUACUUCAACUUCUGUCUUACCAGUUACCACAA